AUGCCGACAGCAUUCUUGCUGAUGGCCCUACUCCUGGCGGCAGCUGCAGCGUCAGCCACCGCCGAGGCGGCAGGGAGCCUCGUGGUGACCCAUGGCUGCGGCAUGAGCUGCGGCGGAGUGGUCAUCCCCUACCCUUUCGGCAUCGGCGGCGGCUGCUUCCGCAAGGGCUUCGAGAUUGAGUGCGUAAACAACGGCCGCCCUGUGCUCGCCGGCACGUCCAUCCAGGUGGUGCACCUGUCGGCUGAUCCGGCGGAGUCGCUGGUGUUGCUCCCCGUCGGGUGGAUGUGCUACAACGCCUCGAACCCCAGCAAGGCCGCAGACUUCAGCUACGCCGAGACGGAGAUGAACAAGGACGGCGUGUACCGCAUCUCCAACACGCACAAUGAGCUCGUCGUCCUCGGCUGCAACACCAUGGCCUACACCGCCAGCGGGAAGACCGAGGGCGGUGGCGCGGCGUACCCGUACGCCUACUACACCGGGUGCAUGUCCUACUGCAAUGACUCGGCGAGCGCGCGGGACGGCCUCUGUGCCGGCGUCGGGUGCUGCCGCGUCGACAUCCCGCCGGGCCUCACCGGCAACUACUUCGAGUUCCAUGCCUACAAUCACUCCACCAUGAUGGACUACAGCCCCUGCGACUACGCCUUCCUCGUCGACAGGAACAACUACACCUUCCGCCGCUCCGACCUCCUCAUGGACACCAACCGGACCUCGCCCGUGUGGCUCGACUGGGCCAUCCGCGGCGACGUGUUAUCGUGCACGCAGGCGGCCAAGACGGGUCAGUCCGCCUGCGUUAGCGCGCACAGCGACUGCGUGGAUUCCACCAAUGGGCCGGGCUACAACUGCAAGUGCUCCAAAGGCUACGAUGGCAACGCCUACCUUGCCGACGGAUGCACCAAUAUAGAUGAAUGUGCACAUCCGGUGAAGUAUCCUUGCUACGGUGUCUGCAAGGACACUCAAGGAUCUUACCAAUGCACCUGUCAUCCAGGUUACGAGAGCGAUGACCCAAGAACUGAACAAUGCGUUCCAAAGUUCCCACUUGCUGCACAGAUUUCCACAGGUGCAAUAGGUGGUGCACUUGUCAUCGCAUUUACGGCAUUUGUCAUUAUUAUUCGGAAAGAGAAGCGGAAGACCAAAGAGUUCUAUGAGAAAAAUGGUGGUCUUACCUUAGAGAAAGCUAAAGUUAUAAAGCUUUUCAAAAAGGAGGAGCUCAAGCCAGUUUUAAAGAUUAGCAAUUUAAUUGGAAAAGGUGGCUUUGGUGAAGUUUACAAGGGGGUUGUUGAUGACAUACUAGUCGCAGUAAAGAAACCAAUUAGUGGUAAUGUGCUGGAGAACAAGCAAUUUGCAAAUAAAGUCAUCAUCCAAUCCCAAGUCAUCCACAAGAACAUUGUUAGGCUCAUAGGUUGUUGCCUAGAAGUGGAUACCCCCAUGCUAGUGUACGAGUUCAUUUCCAAAGGAAGUUUGCAUGACAUUCUUCACAGGGUUGACAACAAGGAGCCUCUCAACUUGGAUGUGCGUCUAAGCAUUGUUGCAGAAUCAGCACAUGGUCUAGCUUAUAUGCAUUCACAGGCCCAUACCAAAAUCCUGCACGGUGAUGUUAAACCAGCAAAUAUACUUUUGGAUGACAGCUUUGUGCCAAAGAUCUCUGACUUUGGCAUAUCAAGGUUGAUUGCAAUAGACAAGGAACACACUGCAAAUGUCAUUGGUGACAUGACUUAUAUGGACCCAGUAUACCUACAAACAGGCCUAUUGACUGAAAAAAGUGAUGUCUACAGUUUCGGGGUUGUCAUCUUAGAGGUCAUUAGCAGGAAGAAGGCCACUCAUUCUGACAACAACAGCUUGGUGACGAGUUUCCUCGAGUGCCACAAAGAGAAGAAGAAAGCAACCGAGUUGUUUGAUAAGGAAAUUGCAACCACAGGAAAUUUGGAGCUUCUUGACACACUAGCAGGGAUUGCUGUGGGAUGUCUCAACCUUGAUGUGGAUCAAAGGCCAUCAAUGACAGACGUUGUGGCGCGCCUUCUCACAUUGAAUCGAUCACGUAUGGUGUAA